CGGUCUGUCGUGUGUGUACAAGGCUGUGUCCUUCGUUGCUGCUGCUGCUGCCACACUGGCUCCUGCUCGCUCGCUCACUCAUCAGCCCGACUUCACCUGAAAAACACAAGCAGACGUCCAUUGAAUUAUCUGCUGCUUCAUUCAUCCAUCCAUCUUGCCCAGUGCCGCCCACCCACCUGAUAGAUAGCGAUCUCCUUCGCGGUGAAAUCCCAUGUGCCCGCCAGUGUGCCCUCGUCGCCGUCGUCGUUGAGUUGGCCGAGGUAGCCGUCCAUGGGCAGGUGCUCCUUCUUAACCCACUGAUUCAUGCUGCGCACGUCGUCUGCCGGGAAGGGGCUGGCCCAGCCAAACCACAAAUACCCACGGCCAAUGGCCAACUACACACAGGACAGGUGACAGCCAGUCAGUUGGUUCAGUGCCAUUCACUGCACUGACACCCAUUGUGUAUACCCGCCACCCACCUUGCCGCGGUAGUCAAUAUUGCUGGCCUUGAUGGAGGCGUCGCGGCCAGCGACCGCCGCCCUCUGUUUGGCCUCUGGGAUGGGAAUCUUAGUGAUCUUGGCGUAUGCACCGCUGAUGGAAAUGAAGGAGGUCGGCACCUUGUAGCUGCCGCUGGUCCGUGUGGGGUCGGCGGGCGACUUGAGUUGGCCCCCGACGAAGGCUCCGAAUCGGUGUGUGUCGUUGUGGUUGAUGAGGAACAGCAGACCGCUCGCGUCGCCCACCUUGUCCACCAUCGUGCCGAAGUGACCACCAUCACGCGUCGAACUGACAGGAGAGCAGAGGGGAGUGGGGGUGGGAGUGACUUUGCGAGAGAUUAGCUUGACCGUCUUUAGUUACCUGUAGAGGAGUUUGAUAGAGGGGUUGGGUAUCUCCGUCAUGGCCAGCACCUCCUGCGUCUCCUCGAAGGUGAGGAAGGGGGCCGGGGGCCGAUACACGUCCCCCAUCGUGAGGCCAUACAUCUCCACAUCCUUCUGCACACACACACACACACACACACACAAUUGCACAUGGCGGCUUGCACCCGUGCUCAAGGGACCUUCAACUGAGCGAGUUGCUUGGGCUUGGCCGUGGGCUUCUUGACCACACGACCCGGUCGGGUCUCGAAUCGCUGUCUACGGGCAAAAUCCACCACCUUCACUACAGACAAAGGACAUCGGCCAAGUGAUACAGACAAGUCCUUUUCCCCUCGCGCGCGCGCACGCGCGUGACUGUGUGUCACCUUCAUGAAGUGCUCAACGGAUGUCUGCCGGAUGGGUGCAUUCCCCUGCACCACCUCGCCACUGCACACCUCGCGCCCAAAAGGAAAGGCAACACAAUGCGUCCAUCCAGCCGCAAUGCGUGUGCGGUGCAGUGCCUUAAGCUGACCUGAAUCGUCUGUAGAGGAGGCUGUUGGGUCCCAGCCGCGCUAGCGUCGCCUCGGUGGUCGACACCGUCUGCUGGGAGAUGGUGACGCUCCUGACGGUGUGGUUGCUGCCGUCGUCUGCCCGGAGGAAUGGCCCCAUGACCGCACCGAAUCCCUCCAAAUCCACCACCGCUUUCUCCAACACCGUCACCGCAUCGGUGUAGUUGGCCACAUACUCACGCAGCCGACUGCCCGCCCCGCUGCUAUCCCCUGCCCGCUCCCCAUCGCCCCCCUCCUUCUCUCCCCCCUCCUUAUUGCCUUCCGCCGCCCCUCUGUCGUCCAUGUCGACGUCCUCCGUGCGCACGUCGAUGUCGAGCGAUGCCCUGGUGAGGAACAGCUCGUGGUACAAGGCGACGGUGGGGUCCUCCUUCUGUGUGUCGUCCAACUCGAUCUCAUACUCCUCGCCCUGGGCGUCAGCGCCCUCAACGAGGUAAAUCUGGUCCACCAACCUGAGGAGCACAAACGAACAACGCACACAAUGAACACAAUCCAAACGAAACGCAUUCCCGCUCGGCCUACCACUUGACAUAUCCGGGGUCAGCGUCAAGGAAGGGCCGGCCCUCCUCAUCGCGGGGCAGGGCGUCGACACAGGAGAGCAGCAGAUGGGCGAAGUAGGUGUGGCGGAGCUGAUCCAGCAUCAGCCCCUUGCGCGACACACCCACCACCUUCCCGCCCACAUUGAGAGCCACCUCCCCCUCGAUGCUGCCCUUUAGCUCCAGCUUGCCUCCCGUGGUCUCAAUCUGCUCUUUGAUGGCCUCGGCUUUGCUCUGCAGCUGCUGGAUGGCGGCCGUGGCGGCGGUUUUGAUGGCCUGGAGGGCGGCGAUAGCCGAUGCGAGGGGCCUGUCGAGCGAUUGGCGGCCGAUACGGGGAGCGGGGUGGUGCUGGUCAUCGUCAUCUUGCUGCCCGGCUGCCGCCGCCGCAGCAGCAACACCAUCAUUCACUUUGCGCUUCUUGCCGAGCAUUUUGCGAUGGAUGAAUGCGUGAGUCAACGGUACAAGCUAAUCGCCACACACGAAGGACGCCUCGCGGCUAGAUUCAUGAGUUGUUUCCUG